AUGGCGCACGACUUGCAGGACGACUUGGAGUUCGUCGCCGCCGGCCACGAUUACGACGACUUCGAGUUCGACGAUGCCGGUGGCAACGGGUUCCGAACCUCCGGCGGCGCUUCCCAGCACCAGCUGGAUACUGAGAUGAAUGACACUUCAGCCUUGGAGUACAGACAAGGGAAGGACAUGCAAGAGAUACCCUGGGAGAGGUUGAACUACAGCAGGGAUCAGUACCGUCAGAUGAGGCUAAAACAGUACAAGAACUACCAGAGCCUCGCUAGGCCGCGAGAUGCACUGCAAAAGGAAUGCCAACGAGCGGAGAGAAGAGACGCCUUCUACGAUUUUCACUUGAAUACAAGACAUGUCAAGCCAACAAUAGUGCACUUCCAGCUGAGGAACCUCCUGUGGGCUACGUCCAAGCAUGAUGUGUACGUGACACAGAACUAUUCUGUGAUGCAUUGGUCAUCCCUACUCCGGAGAGGAAAAGAAGUGCUCAAUGUGGCGGGCCCAAAUCAGGAUAUGCAGGGAGGUCGGCCCUUGUCAAGGGUGCAGAUCAGCACCAUGACGGUGAAAGACAACCUCCUGGCGGCUGGUGGUUUCCAUGGGGAGCUGAUCUGCAAGUAUGUUGAUCAACCUGGAGUGGUGUUCUGUACGAACCUGGCCGGCAACAAGAAGUCCAUCACCAACGCCGUCGAGAUCUACAAGUCACCAAACGGCUCCACCCGGGUGAUGGCUGCCAACAACGACUGCGUUGUUAGAACUUUUGACACGGAGAAGUACAGCCUGCUCGCUCAGUUCCCCUUUGCGUGGUCCGUCAACGUGAGUACCCUGCGCAGAAGAUCUGCUGAACUUAUGCUUCUGGUCUUGGUUGCUCAUGCCAUAUGCUUCAUGGUGCAGAACAUGUCCGUCAGCCCCGACGGGAAGCUGCUCGCGGUGCUCGGCGACAGUUCCGACUGCCUCAUCGCCGAUUCCGGGUCCGAUCAGGAAAUCGCGAGCCUGCGCGGCCACGCGGACUACUCGUUCGCGUCGGCGUGGCACCCGGACGGGCGCGUCCUGGCCACGGGCAGCCAGGACAGGACGUGCCGGCUGUGGGACGUGCGCAACCCGUCCGACGCGUUCGUGGUGCUGGAGGGCAGGAUCGGCGCCGUCAGGGGGCUCAGGUUCUCGCCGGACGGCCGCUUCCUGGCCGCGGCGGAGCCGGCGGACUUUGUGUGCGUGUACGACGUGGCGGCGGGGUACGCACGCGCGCAGGAGAUCGAUCUGUUCGGGGAGAUCGCCGGCGUGUCCUUCAGCCCCGACGACGGUGCGGAGGCGCUGUUCGUGGGCGUCGCCGACCGUACGUACGGCAGCCUGCUCGAGUUCCGCAGGCGGCACCGCCACGCUUACCUCGACUGCUACCUGUGA